GCGUGCAGCUACUGCGUUGGUGUAUUCCUAUUGACUUGAGCGCAAGAUGGCAGCUUCAGUGGAAGACGAGUUUGAGGAUGCCCCUGAUGUAGAGCCUUUAGAGCCGACGUUAAAGAAUAUAAUAGAGCAGAAAUCACUCAAAUGGAUAUUUGUCGGCGGUAAAGGUGGUGUGGGAAAGACGACAUGCAGCUGCAGUCUGGCGGUUCAGUUGGCGGCGGUGAGGGAAAGCGUCCUCAUCAUAUCCACAGAUCCAGCACACAACAUCUCAGACGCCUUCGACCAGAAGUUCUCCAAGGUGCCCACUAAAGUCAAGGGCUACGACAACCUCUUUGCAAUGGAGAUCGACCCCAGUCUGGGUGUGGCGGAGCUGCCGGAUGAGUUCUUCGAGGAGGACAACAUGCUCAGUAUGGGAAAGAAGAUGAUGCAGGAGGCCAUGAGUGCUUUCCCCGGAAUUGAUGAGGCCAUGAGCUACGCAGAGGUCAUGAGGUUAGUGAAAGGCAUGAAUUUCUCAGUGGUGGUGUUUGACACGGCUCCCACAGGACACACUCUGCGUCUGCUCAACUUCCCCACCAUCGUGGAGCGAGGUCUGGGACGCCUCAUGCAGAUCAAGAACCAGAUCAGCCCCUUUAUCUCACAGAUGUGUAAUAUGUUGGGUCUGGGAGACAUGAAUGCAGAUCAGUUGGCGUCCAAACUGGAGGAGACGCUGCCCGUCAUCCGCUCCGUCAGCGAGCAGUUCAAGGACCCGGAGCAGACGACGUUCAUCUGUGUGUGCAUUGCGGAGUUUCUGUCUCUGUACGAGACGGAGCGUCUGAUUCAGGAACUGGCCAAGUGUCGCAUCGACACACACAACAUUAUAGUCAACCAGCUGGUUUUCCCUGACAACGAGCGGCCCUGUAAGAUGUGUGAAGCCCGACACAAGAUUCAGUCGAAGUACCUGGACCAGAUGGAGGAUUUAUAUGAAGAUUUCCACAUAGUAAAGUUGCCACUGCUGCCUCACGAGGUUCGAGGAGCUGACAAGGUCAACACUUUCUCCAAGCAGCUGCUGGAGCCCUACAGUCCUCCCAAAAAGUGACUUAAACCAUUCCCACGGAUCAAACACGCACACCUCUUCUACACUCACACACACCCACUGUCUCUCUACUCUCUGGUUUUCAGCUCCUGCGUUAAUUGACGCCGCUCCAGUGAUCCGUAAUGAAUGUCAGUGGAGAUUUAAAGGGACAGUUCAACCAAAUAAAAUGAAUAUUUACUCUCCCUCAA